GUCUUGUCUUUAUUAUUAUGAUAGAUGGCUACUACGUCAAGAUAAUGUCCCACAUAUUCAAUUAUGAUUACCUGGGUGUUUCUGACUCUUAAUUCAAUCAACAUACUAGAUCGCUUUCUUUAAUCUGCAAACUUCCUCAAGUUUCCGGUUGUACCCGAUAUGAAAUAUUCCUAGAUGGGAAUGCCAAAGAGAUGAGGUAGAAAAGAUAGAGUGUUAAACGGCCAGACAGCUUAAAGUUGAGCUUCUGUAAACUUCCAGGCAUGUUUUGAACAAUACAGACGCAGAAAAAAAUAGACGUUUCAUCACAAACACAAAGUCCUUUGAAGAGGAUAAGAUUGGUACAUUCCAUAUUUUUUAAAACUUAGAGAUCAUAACCCCAGUUCUGAUAUUUACCGAACGGAUUGCGUAAUACUAAAUUAUCAAUAAUGGUAGAUUUAUCCCGAUUUCGGAUUUGUUCUGACCGAAAGUUUUCUUACUGUUUAAUAAUCGUUACGUGUGAUGUUUAUUGAAUACAAGCCAGUAGCCACACAUGUGAAUUAAACUAUAAUCAGAUAUCUGUUCUUAAAAUCUAUCAUUAUUUCUUUUAUUACGACUUGGGAGAGAAAUACAGACCAAUCGUCAUCAGUGAUGUAUACUAAUACGAAUCUGUUUGUGAUUACAUUUAGAAAUAACAGUGAGUUAGUCAUAAAACAUUUGUGAAGAUUAGUUAAUUUAUUAUUUACCCAAACAGAUUGCGUAAUCAGAAGGAUAAAAAGUGAAUGAUGUAUUAAUCUGCAGUUAAGCAGAUGGCCAAGAUACAGAGACUGCAUAAACCUUUUUCAGGCACAAAAAUUAGGCUUAAUUAUAUGAGUCACAUUUGGCUUUCAAUACAUUUAAGAGGAGAAAUCUAGUGUUGAUAUGUAAAGGUUAGAUAGGAUUCGAUAAAUCACUUUAAAAGUUAGACUUGCAUGUGUUUUUCAGACGAAUUCCAACCGUUUUAAGGCAAUUAUCUUUUCUCCAUACAAACAUGAGGAAUGAUAGUUUAAUAUGUGGUGAUUAACACAUCACUGACUCAGAUAGAUCAACUAAACUGGUGAACAUACAUACAGAUAGCAGAACUCGACAGCCGAUCUUUAUCUUAUGAAAUUAUCAUUGAUUACAAAUCCAUGAUCGCACAGAUGAUCGAAUCCAGGACUUUAAAGACUUUCACCGUACGUUUAACCUUUAGGCCUCUGAGUCAGAUUUGAGAUACUUACCCAUUUAUGAUACUGAAUGAUUGAAGUUAGAAAUAUGAACCACUGGAAGCUGGAACAGUGAUCUGAAGGUUAAGGGCUUGUCGUAGGACCUAAAAGUUCAGGAUUCUAAGCGCCAUAGUGUCGUGUAUGAGAACUCCUAAGGAUUGUCAUACUAGAACAAAGAAGCUGUCUAACGGCUCCUGGUUUAGAAUGGUUGUUCAAAUAAUGUCGAUUCGUCGUAUUAACCACGAAACAAAACAAUCACUACAAACCCUCGAAUUAUCAGUAUCGACUGACUGAACAUUGAAGAAUGUAUCCUCGUUGUAAUGAAUAUUCAUAUUUAAAGCAUUUGCUUUAUAUCAUAUUACAUAUUUACUAUCUACAUCACCCCCUAAACUUUUUAUUCAAUAUAAAAAUAUAUACACUGAAUAAUUGUGUAUUUUUAAAUUUCUCCCUGCGUCCAAUUAGCAAACCUCGUCGCCAAUCAUAUUAAUAAUGACAAACUAUUUUUUGUUUACCAUAAUGUAUUAUGCAAUCUAAUAAUUACAUGGAUAAUAAUCGUCCGGCUUUUACAUAGUUUUACAGGAUUAUCAGAAUGAUGGUACGAUUUGAUGGGCUUAAACUGUAUGCAUUAGAUUAAGAAAAUCUUAAUAUGAUUACUCUAUAUGAAUAAAUAAAAUAAUAUAUGUGUAAUAUCCCGAUGAGUAGAAAAAUUAGAUUACCAUGUCUGAUAUCAUUCACAUUUCACACUAUUAUCGCACAUAUAAAUUAAACUCUAUCCUUUAGCACCACAAAGUUCACAUUUUUUCAUCCCUGACCAUACAAAUAUACACGCACAAGUUUACAUACAUGUCGCUUAUAAAUCACCUUGACCGAAAUGACAUAACAUUGACUUGUUCAGAUCUGUUUUUUGAUCGGUCCCACAUAAUAUUCGUGCAUUGUUCUUUUGUACUAUUUAAACUUGAAUUAAUUUUGAUUUGGUUAAUUAUUCUCUGAAGAAAAUCUAGGUCACACUGAGUCACAAAACGUCAGAAAAUCUAAUUUUUCUACUCGUUGGGAUAUUAAAAAUAUAUAAUUUAUUUAUAACAAUCCACGCAAGCUCAGUUCAUUCGGAAUUAUUAAGUCAAACCUUGGUAAUGAUACCUGCAAUCUCUAUAUGAAUGUUUGAUUUCGGUGUCUAAUUUAAAAAAUGGCCAAUUAUAUUGACUACUUUGAUAAUCUCAAAUUUGCUUAUAUUUAUAAGACUGAUUUAGUUGAAUGAAAAAUCAUAUUUAGGAGUCAUAAUUACUGUUACUACUGCCAUACUACUAAACAAUUAGUAGCUAUUAGAUGUAGACAUAAUUUCUAUAAUCAUCCUUAAUUUUGUGAAUGAACUAAGUAUAACCUAUUCAGAGUUUAAAUCGUUAACUGAUCUUAGCUAGACCACCAUUGAAAAUCAAGAAGCAUUGAAUAAAUUUUUCUUCUUAGUACAUGAUCACUUGAGACUAAUUUCGAUUGAUAAUUCAAGCACCUUUAGUUAGCAGCCAUGAUCACUAGAAUUCAACGACAUCGGAUGUGAAGUAUUUAUCCACAAUGGCAAUGGAUAAUCAUGGCACAAGAUUACGAAUUGAUUAUGGUUAAAAAUCUAAACCAUUGGAUAUUGGUUCAGUAGUAGCGCAAAACCUUGAAAGUCCUUGGUUCUAUUUCCUCUUGGGUUUGUGGACACACUAUCAAACCCCAUACUAGAAUAGGACAGACAUCCAGUUCUUCGUUUUUCAAAAGCCUUCCAACUAAGUUUUGAUCUGUGAUGCAAACUAUAGAACAAACAAUAAACAUAAAACCAUUUUUCUUGUGUAUUUAUAGAAUAUUAUGUUAGAAAAUUAUCUAGAAGCUUAGAAGUGCAUUGAUUGUAACAUUUUUCUAACUACUCCAUCUCAAUAGGAAGGGUAAUCAUCUUUAUUCACUGCAGUCCUUUACAAGGCUCGCCCCGAAAUCAUUUUGAAUCCAUAUAUGAGUUGUAUUAACGAAUAUCAUUUAAAUGUAUCUACAUUAUAUCAACAGUAUAUUUUUCAGAAAAUACUAAACUGAUGUUUAACGAUGUGAUAUUUAACAACAUAACUGUCAUCAACUUCAUUCCAACUUCUUCAAAAAGUAUUUAACUAAAAAAACUCUGGACCAUAUUGAUAUGCAUCUGUAGGUCAACUUGCUCUUGCAGGAUAGGUUACACUUGUCUAACAAAGCAAACACUUCUUACAUGCUUCUCAGAACCUUCCCUGGCAUCUCUCGAAAAAAGGGAAUGAAAAACAAUCAGUGGCGCAAUAUAAGGGAACCUCAUCAGAUCUGGCAUUGUGUCUCUAAGAUAAUCAUCUUCUAAAAAGCGUGAACGGUCAAAAAACGAGAUCAGAAUGAGGUUAAAUCAAACUUAUGUACUCCUAAGGUAUUGACAGUUCACAAAUUCAAGCCUGAAGUCUGUGGGCCGAAGUAAAAAGUAUAACAGCAUUAUUAUAUCGCAUAUUUUUACCUAAUAAUAAGACCUAUAAGGAUCGAAUUUCAACAGGGCAUAUAAUCAAAUAGUACCAUUUUCAAUCACAUAAUAUUCAAGCUUUAAUCUAAUAUACAAUUAUGAGUACUAUAUUCAAUAAUUAUAUAAAUUGGGGUCAUUCAAUCUUUAUUCACUGAAAUUUAAAAUAAACCAGUUUUAUUCUCUUUCAAUUUUUUUUCCAUUUGUAACAUCGCAAUUGUCCCAUCUUCAUUUUCAUUAUUUAAUUCACCGCUCGGAGUCUUCAGAAGUCACACUUUCCUGCUCCCUCAGUGCCUCACCAUAAUCUCCUUCAAUGUUUUACUAAAAUUAUGUGUAUUGCAACGACUUUCCAAAUUAAUUUCACUAACGAUCAUUCGGUAACACAUAGAAUAGAAAUAAUCGGAACGAGGAUAUAGGUUACAUGCUUUUAUCAAUAUAAUAGGUUAACGCUAGUUGUUAUCUUACAUCAUUCUUUUAAUUUUCACUUUACAGAUAUUUUCUUCAGUGCAUUAUUUACAAAAACAGCCCUUAGCAUUACAUGAAUUUCUGAAUAGUUAUUUUUAUAAUUAACGACUCCAGUGGCUCAGUUUGUUUUAUUUUUACAACACUACGUCAGUAACGAGACCAGUAAGAUAAAAUAAACAAGCGUUCCAGUGUUCAAUGUAGGUCAAAGCUUAGAAAAAAUACUAGAAGUCACGUAGUAGUAAAAAGAAGUGUAUGAAUCAACAAAGUUUAGGUGCAAACGUAAUAUCGAGCAGAAAUGAAAAGUAUUAAAACCAUUUACUAAGAUUUAUUUAAUCAUGAGAAAGAUAGAAUUAUAAGAAAUGUCAGGUCUUGAAAUGAAGACUAUAAUGGUUUACUUAAGUUACUAUUGUUCACAUUAUUUGUAGAAUAUCAUUUCAUACUAAAUACAUCAGUCAUAUAUUUCAGUUCCAGUCAGCAAAUAGCUAUAACGAAUGACAUAUUUUCCAACCGAAUUGGAAGUUGUUCUCAAACUCGCUUCUUGAUUUACUUAAGGCCUAUAGGUCCUAGUCACCAGCUCUGAAUAAGCUAAAUGUCCAAACUACUGAAGUUUUGAACUAGGAUGAAACAAACCUCUGUUACCCACUGAUUUUUAAAGGCUUACAUAGAGCUCAGUCUGUAACGUGAACUAUCUUCAAAAAUUAAAAAUAUAUCCACAAUCUAAUUAUAAAAUAUUCAUUGCCAAUGUGACCAGUUUCAAGACAUUAGCAUACAGUCUUUUACCUUUAAGUCCGAAUAUUUUCUGUGAAAAUAAUAACUUUUAUCAAUUUGACCCCUUGUUGAAGUAGGUGUUUACUAAACACCUGUCAAAUACUAUAGCUAUGUUAAUAUGUGUAGAUUCGAUCCGUUAUUAUUUAGUACAUUUUCAUUAUACAUACGUUAAGAUUGUUAAGCCAUCGUUUUGCAGUAAAAAUUGAACAAUACACGAGAACAACUACUGUUAGCUUUACCAUAUCAAGUUUCUCAGUUUCUAAUUUUAGUGUAGAUUGAACUUCUGCUUUUAAUGACCAUAAGCAUAUUUCCCUUUAGCUGUCAUCUGUUGUAUCCAGACACCAAACGUUCAUCGGUAUAGUUACAUAGACUUCACUAUAUUUCAAAGUGAAUGUAAUGAUCUGGUUAAAUUACAAAAUCAUUUCAUGCAUAGAAAAUCAUGACAUUUGUAUAGGUAGAACUCAGAUGAACAUCAAUCAUGGCGAAUUUACUUUUGUAUUGGCUGUUUGAAUCCUCCCAUUAAUGUUUAGGACUGUGAAUGGUAAGUCUCUUAACGGCGUAUGCGCAUCCUAUGCGGACUGCCUCGAUAUUGCCUCAAGUCACAAGCAUUGUAAGCAGAGUGGACAUUAAAUAUAAGAUGCAGGUUCAUCCCAAAUGGGAUGAAAUGCUCGUCCUAGAUUCCACUGCUGGCCACCAUCAACUCUGCCUAUAAUCAUGAUAAAUGUUUAAACUUUCCGUUUUAUUUCUUUGAAAAUAUUUCUGAGAUUAAGCUUUUGUUAUCGUUAAAAAACUUCUAUUUAUAGAAAUGAUGGCUAAGAUUAGCUAAACCAAGAUAAGAUAUCGACCCAUAAAGUCAUUAGCUGUUGAAAUGAGUCGUGUAGAGCAGUGAAAAGCUCUUGUUUACGGUCUACGCGGUUAUGGUAUUAUUUUAAUUGAAUAGCAUAUGUGAUAUGUCAAAGCCACUACUUAUUUCUUAGCAUCUUCUAAAGCAUUGGCUUCGUCAUUAUUUAAUACUCUUUAUUUCGUUACUUUACUUGUUCUUUAUUGCACUGUAUCUACAAUAGGUAUUUAGUCAUUGACGAUCAUUUUUAUUGUUUGCAUUUUGUCUCGGUAAUUUUGUCAUAGUAAAUAAUGAAAAUUUAUCAAACUGACUUAAUAUUUAUUUCAAUUAGUUUCUACUUUGUUUAUGACUAAUUUAUGAUUAUUCUCAAAUCAGAUUUAUUUCUACAUUUAAAAUGACUUAUUUUAAGUUGAGACAAUGAAACCAAUUCAUAUUACCUAGUAUAUGGUAGCUAGUUUAGUUUAAUUAAAUAUCACAUUCUGGGGGAGGCAUGGGAUACAGUGAACAUAUAGGAUGCAGCUGAACGAUCUAGACUUUGCAGAUGAUCUGGCUCUUCUAUCGCACACGCAACAACAGAUGCAGGAGAAGACGACCAGAGUAGCAGCAGCCUCAGCAUCAGUAGGUUUCAAUAUACACAAAGGGAAAAACAAGAUUGUCCGAUACAACACAGCAUGCACCAAUCCAAUCACAAUUGACGGAGAAGAUUUGGAAGAUGUAAAAACCUUUACAUAUCUGGGUAGCAUCAUUAAUGAACAUGGUGGAUCUGAUGCAGAUGUGAAGGCACAGAACGACAGAGCAGGAGCAGCAUCCCUACAACUGAAGAACAUCUGAAACUCAAAACAAAUGUCUGUCAACCAGCACCAAGGUCAGGAUUUUCAAUACAAAUGUCAAGGCAGUUCUACUGUAUGGGGCGGAAACCAGGAAAACUACGAAAGCUAUCAUCCAGAAGAUACAGGUGUUUAUUAACAGUUGUCUACGCAAAAUAGUUCGGACCCGUUGGCCGGACACUAUUAGCAACAACGUACUGUGGGAGAGAACAAACCAGAUCCCAGCGGAGGAAGAAAUCAGGAAGAAGCGCUGGAAGUGGAUAGGACACACAUUGAAGAAAGCACCCAACUGCGUCACAAGACAAGCCCUCACAUGAAAUCCUCAAGGCCGAAAGAAAAGAGGAAGACCAAAAAACACAUUACGCCGAGAAGUGAAGACAGAUGAGAAGAAUGAACAACAAUUGGAUAAAACUAUAAAGGGAGGCCUGUAGUAUCGGUCAUUAUAUUAAGCCCAUGUACCUUGUUCUAGCUUUCGGACAAACCAAUCUAUUCAUUCUGAGUCACAUUUUGACCUU